AUGAGUCUGAAAAGUAGAACACUAAUACGCAGCUGCCUCCUUUAUACUAGAUGCCUAACCAGAAGUAUAGGGCCUCGUGCAAGCUACAACGUCUGCCGUACUUUUCCCAAAGCACCGUUGCACACCAAUACCAUCGCAUAUAACGAAAUGAAAAAGGACGGCAAGAAGGUUCAUUUGGGGUCUUUCAAAGUAGAGAAGCCAAAGAUGAUGAUAGCUUUUACCUGCAAGAAAUGUAAUACACGGUCUUCACAUACAAUGUCCAAGCAAGCUUAUGAAAAGGGGACCGUCUUGAUUUCUUGUCCGCACUGCAAGGUGAGACAUUUGAUAGCAGACCAUCUGAAAAUAUUCCACGAUAAUCAUAUCACCGUGGAGCAGUUAAUGAAAGCAAACGGAGAGCAAGUUAGCCAAGAUGUGGGCGACUUGGAAUUUGAAGACAUCCCAGAUUCACUAAAGGACGUUCUGGGAAAAUAUGCCAAGAACAACCCAGGACUGACGCCCCACCUACCCCAUCCUUCUCAGAAAGAAUGA